AUGUGUCACGUUUGCAAACGGUUUGGCGACGGCGUCCGAUUGAAGAGAUGCGAUGGCUGCUGGAUGAUCGCCUAUUGUGGUCCUGAACAUCAGAAGCAGCACUGGAAGCAGCACAAACCUUUGUGCAAAGCCAUACGGAACGUGCUGCGAAACUACAGCAUGGAUUAUCGCAAUCAAACUACGGAGGAAUGGGCCGACAAGAAGCUGACCUUCAUGCAGCUAGUGUCGUCCAGGCUAGGACGUGACCUGAACAUGAGUGAGAUGGAUAUGUUCCUUUUUCCAAACGAGUGCCUAAUUUGCCACGAAUGGAAGUCGUUGAAGAGUUGUAAGAAGUGUGCUGCCAGCUUUUGUCAAAUUCACAAAAACCACAUUGACCACUGGGACAUCUGCGCUCCUCUGGAACUAUGUCUUCGUAUAAAAUUAUUUUUUUCUAUAGAAGAAGGAUACUGCAAAUUUCCGAAUAGUGUCUUGCACAGUCCCUCCACGACUAUUGCAGUUCACAACAUGAGAGACUUUAUAAAGGCUUUUGUGUAUAUUCAGGCUGACUCGGAGAUGGAGUACAAUAUCUGGGCAGCCUAUUCCUCAGAAUAUCUGACGCGUCCCUUGACGCUGUUUUAUGCUGUGGGAUUGUUAAACUAUGUUCUAAAAGGCACAUUUCUAAUCAUUCAUAUUGUAGGUGCAAAUUACCUCGAAGAAACCACCUUAUGGACGUGGGAAAUUUUCCUGCAGUUAAUGGAGCCCGUGACAUCAAUAAUGAUUGUAAUGAUAGGGCCGGAAUUAAAAGAUAAAUUGGAUCCGUCACGCACUGAUGAUAACUUUUUUUUGGGGAACAAAAGUUUGUUUGUUGAGUACCACGAUGUGUCAUACGAGGACUAUGUGGACAGUUCGACAUUCACAAAACCGGACUUGAUUGUAGGAUUUCACUUAAGUAUUGAGGAACAUAAUAAUAAAGAAAUAUGGGCGCCAUCCAUACGUGCGUUAGCGAAACAGAAUUGUCCGUUUAUCUUAACGUUUUCUAAGCAACGGGAACUUGAGAAGGGGAUGAACAAAAUGAACACAAUCCUGGGUAAGGAGUUAGAUUAUUACUGUAGCGGAAAGAACCCAUUCGCCAGUUGCAAACCGCAUAGAGACUUUGGGUCAGAGCGCGUGUGUUAUCAUAAUCAGUAUAUGAUUAUCUACCAAAGUCUUUGUUAA